CGGUUGUUGUGUGGAGCCGGGCAACCUGUGGGCGUCCAUGGAAGCGGCGGCGCGGAGGGGCCUGGUCCGAUGAGUCCUUUGGGGCUGGGAGAAGGGUGCAGGGAGCCAUGGAAGGAGGUGCUGUAUGCAUUGGUGACCAGCUCAUACUGGAAGAAGAUUAUGAUGAGACAUAUGUUCCCAGUGAGCAGGAAAUUCAGGAUUUUGCAAGGGACAUCGGCAUUGACCCGGAGAAGGAACCUGAACUGAUGUGGCUGGCCAGGGAAGGCAUUGUGGCCCCUUUACCACCCCAAUGGAAGCCCUGCCAGGAUGUCACUGGUGAAAUCUACUAUUUCAACUUUAACAAUGGCCAGUCCGUGUGGGACCACCCCUGUGAUGACUAUUACAGAGAACUGGUUGCUCAGGAACGGAGGAAGCUGUUGGCACGUGGCACCUUGAAAAAGAAAGAAAAGAAGAAGAAAGACAAGAAAGAUAAGAAAGACAAGAAGGAUAAGCAGUCGCUGAAGCAGCAUGCUGAGAAUCCUGAGCCAGAACCAGAUAGCCAGAUUAGAAAUGAAGGCGGUGGGAAUCUGUCACACAUAAAUGAUUCAUGGAGACAGUUUGCAGGCAUGGGGCCAAACAAACUGCAUCCCACGCUUGUAUCAGCAUUCAACAGGCCAUGCCAAACCUUAAAUGAUGUGAAAACUGUAGAAGGUGGCCCACCAUUCAGCAGCUUUGAUGUAUACAUUCACCAAGAUCAAGAUAUACCUUUGGAAAUACAAAGAAAUGUUUGUUUCAGCUCUGCUGGGGAUAUGAAAGGAAGCCCAAGUUUAUUGCAAGCCAGAGAAGGAAGAAGGAACUAUGACAUGACUCUCAUUGAUUCCAGUUCCACAGAUGACUGGGAUUUGCAGGGCAUGGUUGAUGCUUCGUAUGCUCAAGAGCAGCUAAGGUGUCACAGCAGAGUAUCUGAGAGUAGAAGUAAUAGAGAAGUUCAGGAUGAGGCUUUGGGUCAAGCUGUCAUUCCUGGGAAGAAUAAUGAGAGCAUCAGCAGACCUGAGAGACAGGAUUCAAAGCAAAUGGAGCUAAUGGAACUAGGAGCAGAUAUAAAAGCAGAUGAUAUCAGUGGUAUACCAGAGAAUCCAUCCAGAGUUCCUCAAGAGAUCAUGGGUGUGCAACCCUGUUUGCAAGGAAUAGAUGCAAAGAGGGGAAUUGAUACGUACCAUUCUACAUCAGAACAUGUUUCUCCACCUUUCAAAGAUGGCUGUGGAGAAGAUGCAGAAAGAGGUGAUUCGAUAUCAGAAUGUGACAGCAGUGAUUGGGACAGUUCUCAUGGUGUUGAUACACCCCAGAAAAUGGGAGUGAGCCAGCAAUUCUCUCCACACCAUGAGUCUGGAAGACCAAAGGACCUGUACUCUUUCACAGAAGAGCCUAUGCUGCCAUAUGCCUUCCUGAAAUCACCUGCCUCUCAGACACUCAGUACUGUCCAAAAAUCUGAGGGGGAACAUAGCUCCAGGGAUAUGAAAUUGUUCCACAUGCUGCAGGAAUAUGGAUGUGUUAGGUUUGUGGUGGAUUCCUGUGAUAAACUCACUGCUCAGGAGUCAGAUGGUGCUGCUGAAGGACAGAAAGAAAUGAAAGAAGGAAAUAGAAGGACAGAUGAGGAUCCCAGAGUGUGGGAGGAUGCAGGCACAAAACACUCAUGUGCUCCUCCUGAGCAUCUCUGUCAGAUGGCUGACUGCCAAGGAAGCAACAGUCACUGUCAGCACAUGGAAGUGAGGGUGACCCAGACCAGAAAAACUGCUGAGAAUUACAGCAAAGUAGAGGUUGGUGAAGGAACAGGUGAAAAUGAGCCUUCAGAUGCUCUGCUAGCACCUAUGCAGGUGCCCUUGGGGAACCUUGCUCCUCUGCGUGGCCCCAUGGCUUCUCCAGCUGGCAUCCCGCGUGGCUCACUGCACUCAGAUAUGGGGAGCUCUGUGGACUCCGGUCUUGUAGACAAAGGAGAAGCUCAGAGUCUCCACAGGACAACAGAACUCUUCAAAAACCUGCAUAUGGAUGUCAGCGCCCUGGGAUGCAGCUUUGAAUCUGAGGAUAACAGCAAAGCAGAGGAGGAGAACUUUGGUGGAUGCCUGGCUGAUGUCACUGAAGCUCAUCUCCAGGACCAGAGGAGUCCCAUGGAGGAAGCUGGCAGUCUGAGAGAGAAGGAGUCUUUAAAGUCAAGACGUGCUGAAGGAGAGUCUUCCUUGGAUUCUGGCGACGCAUGUCCUCCAACUCCAGUUAAAGCCCUUUCUGGAGAUGCUCACGGUAGCCUGUCUGACCAGAACAAAGAGGAAUCUGAUGAGAAACUUGCUGGGAAUGAAGGACUGGGUGAGAAGGCUGCUGGGGUGCAAGGUGACGUCUCUGCAGCUGACGAGCUGCCACAGUCUGUGGAGGAAGGGAGAGCAGCAGGGACAGACGUGCCCAGCAGUCCUGGGCAACCUCGAGCUGCAUCUCCAGAUGCUGAAGCUGCUGAAGCAGAUCAGUUGGCAAGCCUGGCUGUCACCAUUGACACCGUGUCUGUUGAUGAAAAUAUAGUAAAUGAAAUGAGGGAGGAAGCAGCUGAUGUGAAAGCAGACAGCAGGCUGGAUGCUGGCAAACUUUCCAAAGUAUCUGAGAGCAGUGAAUGCAUGGAGGACUUGCAGGCUUCUGACCGCCUAGACCAGGAGCUGAUCCAGCAUGUGGACUUGGCUUUCCAAAGCCAGUUUUCUGAGCAUGUGUUGGAUGUAGAUGCUCUGUCUCCUGCUUUAGACAAGUACCCAUGCAAGGCCCAGGAGCUGGGAGAAGAGGAAAAAGACCAAAGCAAAGCCAGUAUAGAUGAAGAGCAAAGCAAAAGAACAGAAGCUUCUGAGAGUGAGAGGGAUCAAAGUGGUUGUGAAGCAUCAGAACAGAAGUAUUUGGCUUUAGAAAAUGCCAACCAAGAAGAAGCUGUGGCCCCGCAGCUGGAGGAAGAAUUGCCGGAUAGCAUAAUCGAUCUGGAAGAACUUGCAGCCCUGCAAAAAGCGCAACCUGAGAAAGAAAUAAAGCAAAAGCAGCCCUUGACCCAGUCUAGUGAAGAAUCCCUGGAGGGUGUAGCCAAGGAGCUGGAGGAGGAGGUUGAACAAGAGAAAAUGCACUUACUGCAAGCAAAGGAGGAGAAAAUCCAGCAGUUCCAAGAGGAAAUGAGGCUACAGGAGGAGGAAGAAACUCAGAAGCUUUAUCAGCAAAAAGAAAAAUCCCUCAGAACACUGAAAGAGGAUUUGGCAAAGGUUAGCAAGGAGGAAGAAUUGCGUGUGAGAAAGGAGGAAACUGAAAGACUCUCAAAGCUGCGAGCCACCAUCACCUCUGAGACUGAAGCAGAGAAGGAGAAGAUAAGGGCAGAGCAAGAGCUGGCACUGCAAAAACUGAGAGAAGAAUGGGAAUCCCUGCAAGUAAAGGAGAAGGAGAGCAUGGAGAAGAAGCAGCAGCUUGCUUUGGAGAAAAUGAAGCUGGAGAUGGAGGAAGUUCAACAGAAAGAAACAAUCAGGCUAGAAAAAGAGAAGGAACGAUUCCUAAGGGAGCUUAAAGAGAGAUUAGAAAUGGAAAAGAAAAAGGCUGCAGAGGAGCUAGAGAAACAGUUUGCAACUGAACUCCAACAGCUAAAAUGUGCAGCAGAAGAGAAGCAUCGAAAGGUCACUUCCAGCCUGCAAACCCAGAUAGCAGAGGCACAGAGGAGUGAGGAGGCUUGGCUGCGUGAAGACUUGCAGAGAGCAGAAGAGAAAGUGCAGCAGAAAGCAUUCCAAGUAGCACAAUAUGAACGUGAGCUCAGUGAGCUUAUGAGUGAGAAACGCCGUGAAGUGGAAAAAGACCAUGAGAGGAAAAUGGAGAGGAUGAAGGAGGAGCACCAAGAGGUCCUAGCAAAGAUUCGGGAUCAAUAUGAAGAGGAGGAAAGAAAGCAAAGAUCAGAGCUGUUUGAAGGCCUGCGAGGUGAGAUGGCACGGCUCCGACAGCUUCACGAAGUGGAGGUGAAAGCUCUGCAGGCAGAGCUGGAUGAACGUCUGACCGCACUGCAGCACAGACAUGGGGAGAAGGAAAGAAGACUUCAGGAUUCAGAAAAUGAGCUUGAAAUACGUGCAAAGAAUGUUAAAGCAAGAUCAGUGCAGCUUUUUAGCCAGGAGGAGUCUCUGAGAAGGAAAAAGCAGCAGCUGCUCGAUGAAGACAGACGGACUGAGCGAGAAAGAGAUGAAGCUGCUUUAGCUUCUCAACUCCGCCUAGAGGAGAAUCGGAAGGAGCAGACUGACCUUCUUGAGUCCAUCCGGCAACUGCGUAAGGCUCGUGAAGAGCUCCAGGAUCAGAAAGCUGAGCUGGAGGCCCAGGUUGACUUGUUGCAGACUCGAAGCCAGAGGCUGCAGAAACGUAUCAGUGAGCUUGAGGCAGCUGUCAGGAGCAAGCAGGAGAUUUUGAAAGAAUUGGAGGCAGAAGAAAGUGCAGAGUCUCCCCAAAGGAAAGCUGAGCUCCAUGUUGAAGACCUGAGAGAAACUAUUCAAGCUCAUCCAUCCGGAGAGCCUGCUUUCCUUCCUUCUCAAAGCCAUGAAGACAGCAACUUCCAGUUUGAUCAAGUCAGGAGCUACAUCUCUGCUGAAGGAGUCUCCAUCAGAAAAGCCAAGGAAUUCCUGGUGCGUCAGACCCACUCCAUGAGGAAGAGACAUACGGCUCUGAAAGCUGCAAAGCAGCAGUGGCACCAAGAUGUGCAGAAAGCGCAGGAGGUGGUGCAAGAUCCUGACAACUCCCAGCUCCUGGAGGGAAUGCGCAAGAACCUGGAAGAGGAAGCCAAGCAGCUGGACAAGAUGAAGUCAGCUAUGCGGAAAGGACAGGUGCUGCUGAAGAAGAAGGAAGAGAAGCUAAGCCAGCUGGAGUCCUCCCUGUUGGAGGAGCUUUCAGAUGAGGAUACACUGAAGAGUGUUGCGUGCAAGAAGAUGGUGACUUUUGAUCUCAGCAGCUCUGAGGACACAAACAGCAUAUCCAGCGCAAGCAUACAUCUGCCAAAGUCUGACUUGAGAACAGAGGUCCAGAUUGCCCUACAGCAGGACAAGAUCCAGUACUUGACAAACUCGGUGCAGCACAUCACCAGUGAACUGAAUGGGGUCCUCGGCAUUCUGAGUUCCCUGAACACCCUCCAGUCCCCGCUCUUCACUUCAACACAGGUGCCUCUGCAGGUGUCCUGUGACAGCAUUCCUCUUUCUACAUAUUCCACCUUGGCAGGAUCGCAGGCAGGUGCUUCCUCAAGGCCCUCUGCUGGGGUGUCUGUGCCUGACCAGUGGGCCUGGGGUACUGGGCUCAGCUCCAGUCGCUCCUUCCUGGCUGGGCAGUCAGUGGACCGCUUCCUGGCAGAGAAGUGGCGCAAGUACUUCCCAGGUGGGUUCCCAUCAUGCAGUGGAAGUUCUGGUCCUUCAGACAACAAGCUGGGUUACGUACCUGCAGGUGAGCAGAUGCGCAUGUUCCAGAGCCGUGAGUCAGACAAGAUGACUAUUCAAGGAAUGAUUGAGACCAAUAAGAAAUGGCUGGAAGACUUCAAGAGCGAUUCAAGGAUACCUCUCUUCCCAGGCACACAGAAGCCCCCUGCCAGCAACUCCAGCCUACUUCAUCUAGGGCUGGAUGAAAGCAGACAAAUUAAAGUGUACCCGUACUGAAAGGUGGGACUUGAUGUUUUCAGCCCUCAGCUCUGGACACAGGACCUGGAAAGCUGAUAGCUGGGGGCUGUGCAGUCUCCCUGACAAGGUGGUGGGUUUUGGUGAUACCCAGCCAUCCCUGUCUUCGUCCUGUGCCCUUGAAAUAGUCUCUAUACAAGAGAGUGGAGGGAGGAGGAAGUGAAGUUCCCAGGUGGAUUCUUCUAAUCCUGUAAUGUGUCCAAAUAUACUUUAUAGACUGUUUAAUCCAGUGGUGAAAUAUCAGGGCUUCAAUAAAUCAACAGUUCUCUCAUUAGUAUUCUAGAAACUGUGAGACAUAGCUGUGAAUCACGGAGGACUUUGAGUAACUGGUCAAGGGGGAGGACAUGAAUCUAGCUGAGACUUUGCUAGAGGAAAUGUAUCAGGAAAUGAGCCCACACUGAUGCCCAACAAAUGCUUAAUUACAGAUGAGCCAAGUCAUCUGGCUUCUGUGGCGAGUUGCAUGAGCAGGGGAGAGCGGGCAGCAAAAUGGCUCUGGAACUGGGAAACAGCAGAUUCUGACUCUGGGAAAUGCUCCUCUCUUCUGGUGUGGAAACAAUAGGAGCAAAACCAAGGGUGGUUUUCAUGGCAGAUAUUGUAGGAAAGAGCUCCCUGCGUCUUCCUCUUUCUGCCACGCUGGCCAGAGCUGUGCAGCAUAACUGUGCUAUAAGAGCUCAGCUCACGUAUUACAAAUGCGCUGAUGGCAACUCAGAGCAGGGAUGGCAGGAGAGCAUGGAGCAGUGUCUGCUGGUACAGACAGUGCUGGGGAGCUCAGCCUAGUGUGACUGUGAGGAGACAAAGCCCCAUCUGCGUCCUUCCCUGCCCUGGGGAUGGAGAUCUGGAGCUCAGCAGCUGGGGCUCUUUCUGUUCUUUCUGAGCACUGGGGCCUGGCCUUGCUGCUUGGAGCAGCUCUCCCAAGACCUUGAAGCAGGGCUGAGGGGUUGGCACGUGUUGUGCUCCAAUGUGAGCUCACACCUCAGCAGGUUGGCUGUGGUUAUGGUGCUUUGGAUGGGCUGCAUUCAGAGCACAGCACCGUCCUGCUGCCAUGGAGAGGUGAGAAAGGGGCUGCUUGAGCCCAGGGGAGUGGGAGAAGUCAGGCCAUGCUUUCAUACUGCUAAGUGGGGAAAGUGGUGUUUGGUUGUUUUAUCAGUCAUUCCUCCGAGCUGACUUUAAAUAUUUAAUGCUUGAAAAAAACGCUGUACCAUUUGCUAUUUUGUCUGAUGAGAAGUCUGCAUUUGAAGGGAUCCCAUCUGUGAGAAAUCAGCUUCAAAGUCGCUCUCUCUGGAGACAGCUGAUGCGGGGAGGAUGGUGAAGUUGCUGCUCUUCACCCUUCAGUGCUGUUUGUGCUUCUCAGUGUGGCUAAUGAUGUGCAGCAGAGUAAAGCACAGCUCCCCCUCCUGCUCUGCUUCCUGGCCGUUGUGCAGUGGCGCAGCAUUGCAGCCAUUUGUGCCGUGAGGGUGGCAGGGGAAUGUUUACAUGCAAAUAGAGAUAUAUUUUUGAUGAACUUUUUAGAGCUCUCAGGAAGGAUGGCCCUGUUUGCAUUGAUUUCUUAUUCUUUAGGGGCUGAGCUCCUUAAUGUUUUCUAAGUUCCUCAGCCAGCCUUCUCCCUGGGACCUUCUGCAGUGGGUAGCAUCACACUCGGGUCCUUGCUGAAUAAACCCCAGCUGGGCUGAGCAGGGAGACCUUGUGUGACCACAGGGAAUGGCAGCUGGCUGGGGCAGUCCCUCCUCCAUAGGAAGCAAUGGAUGGAAAUGCAGAUAUCCUGUCUGCUGUCAGAUGAUGCCAAUCCCCAUCUAUAGGGAUCUUGCUUUUGGUUUCCCAGCUAUUGGUAGAACACGUGGCAGAAUCUCUGGUUAUGUUCUGGAGUUCUGUGGCUGCCUGAAGGUGUGGGGAUGCUGUCAGCAUGGUGGAUGCUCUACCCAAAGCCAUGCAGCUGAGCUCAGUCUGCAUUCUGGAAAGCACAUAUCGGUAGUGUGGGGGGAAGCGCCUGUUUUCUUAGCAAUAAUACAUUUUGAAACAUGUUUAUUCUUCCUGUUGAAACUUGCGAUCGCUGUAUCUGGUUUUGUAAGCAAAUUAAAUCAACACGAGUCUGUUUUGUAUUGAGGUGACGUUUGCGGCUUUAUUUCUCCUUGCUGAGCCGUUCAGUUGUAGCUCCGGAUACCCGGCCUGUACUUACCUUUCACAUCUUCCCCUCACUUGUCUCCAGGCUGCUUCAUGUUUUGUCUUGUCAAGGUCAUCUCUGGCAAUUUUUAAGACCACUUCAGCUCGCUGUAGCUUUAUUACCAUUAUUCUAUUAAGGAUCUGGCCGUGGUAGCGAAAGCAGGGGCAGAUAGAAAGCUGAAAAACAAAACUACAAAAGCAAUUCUUCACGGGGCUCUCAGCCAGCAGGACAGCUUUUCAUUGGGCUCGUAUCCUGCCCUUUUCAUAAAGCUGUCAUCCAGGCUCAUUACAAUGGUUGUCUCCCUCCUGAGCUUCGUGUCAAGGCUGCGAGCCGGGCUGUGCGCCUGCAGAGCAAGGCCGGCCCUGCAGGAGGGGUCUGGGUGCCCUCCUGGCUGCUUUGUCUCUGCCCUGGCUCCCUGAGGGUGUGUUGCCCUGCUGGGGAGCGGGGCCUGGCUCUGGGGCUGCUCUUGGAUAACAUAGGCAUCCCUGGCUGUGUUGCUGGGUGAUAUUCUCUGUCCUCUGCCCAUUACUUGGUCCUUUGCCCUUCCCACCACCUGCCAGCAGCCCCUGAGACUCUUGCAAUCCUCCAUUCCCUCUGCAUGUUGCACCUUUAGGACUUUACAUUUCAAGGCAGUCUGGUUAAAAUAACUCAGAUCGUCUUGUCUCUAAACUCUGGAGUGAAGGCUCCAGUGCUGGGGGACUGCAGAUGUGUAAUGGGGACAACAACAGAAGUGAUGGGAAGAGGGAGUUCAGCACCCGCCCUUGUUUUUCCAUCUCUGACUUCGGCACAGCUGGAAAUCCCAGGUUCAGAUGGAUGGGGAUGGGAAGGCUGGCAACUGUAAUAUGGUUUGAGCUCCUGGUACAGCAGCAGCGAGACACAAAGAUAAAUGUGGUCCUGGGAUGCCAUGGGGCUGAGGUGUGUGGGGUGUGUGAGUGUGCACAGGUACAUAAAGAAGAGGAUUUGCUUUUCCUGGAAUGCCAGUAUAUAUGUGUUGGAGAAAUUCAGUGAUUAGAAGAGCAAGAGGACGGGGUGUGAUUACGGUGCCAGGAUGAACACAAGCUUUAAGCUCAUUAAGGAGCUUGGAGUCGGCUGGAGGAGGGGACGUUUCAGUCACUGCUGCUCAGAGACCACAGUGCAUCACUGCCAGAGCUUUGGCUCCUCAGGACGGUUGGGAGACCCUCAAAGACCAUAGCCAUGCUGGGAACCCUGAUGACAGCACUGUUUUUUGUGGUGAGAGCAUUUGGGCAGGUGAGUUGGAGCAGGCAGCAGGUAGGAUUUAAUGCUUUCUGUCUUGUUUCUAGAAGUGUGGGAGUUGUUAUCUUGUCAACUCUUAAGCUAGUUUGAGUUUCUGUGGCUGUAGCAAAGCAGAUUUAUCAGCCGCUUUGCAGAGAACUGCUAAGUGCAGGUACUUUGCUUUCCCAGUUUGGUGCACUGGGUGCUGCAAAUGGGGGUGAAUCUUGGAGCUCUUUGGGCUGGGGAGGGCAAGAAACCCCCCAUCCUCCCUUCAGCUUGUUGCUGGGGGACCUGACCCUACAGCAGUACCUUGGAGCUGGGGGAAGAGGAUGAGGACUCCAUGCUUGUCUGGUGGGACAUAUCCUAACCCCCCCUGAGCAGAAGGUCUGGGCCACCUGAACUUAAUACAGUGCCAUGUGGCAUCUGCCUCAUCUAUGGCCACUGCAUUUGCUUUGACAAUUUGAUAGCUUUAGUUCUUGUCAUUUCAAAGGCUCAGCAGCACAAUCUGCUGCCUCUGUAUCUUUCCUUCCUGACCUGCUGCUUGUGAGGUGGGCAAUCAUGCUGUCAGGUGGGCAGGGGAUGCUGCUGGUGGGAGGAGGAAGCAUUCUCAGGGCUGUGAGUCCCAUGGCUGUGCACUGUGUGUCCAGGACUGUUAUGAGCUGCCCAUCAGAGUGGUGUCAGGAUGACAAGCUGAGCAUCCCACUGUUAGCAAGGACCAAUGAUCAGUGGUGAUGUCCAUGCAGGACCAGCUCUUCCCCAUUCUUUCACCUGUUGCAAAUCCUCUCUCCAUCCAGCUCGGGACCAGCUUGUUCCAAGAAGAGCCCCUGCCAUAUCUCGUGUACCAGCCCCUGCCCUGGCAGAUCCAGUGUGUGACACAGAGCCGCCGCACCAGCCGGGACAGUGAUAGAGGCAGGAGCUCACGUCACAACAGCAUCUACUCCAUUUCUGGAGAUAAAGACAACAUGACCCCCGAUGCCAGCAGUGAGGGCAAAUUCUUCAGCGAUCCCUCUGAGAAGGCAGCUCUCACCAUCCAGACCCACUUCAGGAGAUACCAGCAACAGAAGCAGGGGAAGAAAUAGAUGCCUUGGCCGCCGUGCCCUGCACCGUCCCUCCUUUUGUGCGUUGUGGCCGUGGUGACUGUGACCCUGUUACGUAGCUCUUGGUGUGUGUAGAUCCUCUGCUGGUUGCUGAGAUCUCUUUCCUGGUGGCUCCUUCCCCGGGUAGAAUUGCCUUGAAGACUGAGGUGCAACCACAGGGCUCCUGGUGGGAGCCUGGCACCCAUGUGGCAGAGUUGGUGUUUGCCAGCCUUGGUGGAAGCACAGUGCUGGGAGCUGCAAGCCUAGGAUGGGGGAAACAGGGUAUACACAGCUAAGAGCAAUCUGCUGCAAUUAAGCAUCCAGGUGUGGCUCUUCCUCAUCAGCUUCAGCCCUUCUCUGUGCCUCUGCUUUGGGCUGGAGCUGAGGCAGAGCUCACCUCUCUUUCCCUUGCUCUUGGACCUGAACAGGCUGGGUGCUGCAGGCAGUGAGGGAGCAUGAGGUGUGCUGUGACCUGCUUUCUACUUCUCCUGGGGGUCCUGGCUUCAGAGUGGGGCUGGGGGUGAGACUGUGUUGGACCUGCUCCUUCCCCAGGCAGCCCCCUGCCAUCCCUGGGCUUUGGGUUUGCUGCCUGUUGUUGUCUUGCCCUCUCUGUUGUUCCAGAAUAUUGCAGACCACAACACCUCUUCCACAUCUGGCAGGGACAGGACGUGAGGUUCUCUUGGUUUAUAGCAUUCAUUUUUGGGUGCUGGCUUUGGGAGGUUGCAGAGUUGUUGAGAAAGAGGAGAAAAUGGAAAUGGAGGUGGGAGGAGCUGGAGAUCCAGGAGCUGCAGCACAAGUGGAAGGGCCAGGAGGUAGAGGAGAUGCCGACUGUGGGUGGUGAUGCUCUGACCUCUGAAGUGUGUUCUCAGCUGCCUCCUUGCUGGGUCUGAUGCUGAAUUUUCUGCUUCUUCACCUCCUGCUUCACUGUUGUGUGAAGCAAUGAGCUCCGGGGCAUCCUGGAGAGGGUCUGCAGCCAUGGCAAAGUGCAUUGGGAUCGCAGGGAAUGGAUGCAGUGCUGGAGUGGCAUGCUGACCAAGCACCACGAAUUGGGCCUCUGUUUGAUGAAUGCAAAGCCACAGUCUGGAACUGCUGGGGAAGGUGGUGAAUUCUUGCUAAGAUGUAGAAGGAAAUCCGUGCUAGCCGAUUAUAAUAAAGACUUUGUAAUCUGUUGUUCUUUUUAUCUUGCUAAUCCACUUACUCUCACAGAUGAGAACACACUUGCCUUUUCUUGCCUCUUCUAUUUCAAGUCUGGGAUUGACAUUUCAGAGCUGCUGCAUGGUUGCUUUGCUGUGACACGGCUCUGGGCUGGGCUCUUGGCUCCAUGCAAGCUCUGCACGGGGUUUGAUGUCUGAAAUGCACUUGAGCUGUUUUUGCAGUCUCAGAAACAUGCUAAGAAAAGGCUGGUUUGCUUUUCCACGCUUUCCACUGACUUGGGGGCAAGUCAGAGGGGACAAGAAGGGUUUCAUGUUAUUAAUGCUGUAAGGCAGACCCCAUAUGGGGUGGGCUGGUGAGGGCAGAGCUGCAGCCUCUGUGUUGUGCAUCCAUGGGAGCAGCUGUGCCUGUUCACUGCUUGUCUCCCAGCCUCGCUGCCCCCUUCACGUUUCCCUUGUUGUCUCCUUACCUUUGAGCAAGCCGUGUAACCUAUUUCAGGUCCUAAGAAGCCCCGUUGGAGCUGCAUAACGUGGCGUUCAGCAUUAAGUUGCAAUGAAAUCGAUGUCCUCCUUGCAUGCAAGUUGGAAAACUUGGCAUAUGGACUCCAGCCACCUGUUAAAACCCAGGGAGGGAAGUUGUGUAAAAGUAAAGGCCAUUUAGAGCAGCUCUUGGGAUCUGUGUUUCAAGCAGGGGCUCUCCUGUCCAUCCCCUGUCGUGCUCCUUGGCACGGGGUGGCUCUGACAGCCACCAAAACUGAUGAAGACAGAAUAAAUUGUCAUUGCAGCUCAUUUUCUGGGUCUCCCCU